AAAAAUAGUCCGGUCUGAUCUCUUGAACACUUGUUUCAGUCGUUUGCUUUCGGUAUCGGAAGUACCAAGCUCACCCAUUUUUGAGACCAAGAGACCACUUCAGAACUCAAUCAAUACGAAGUUUAAAGGGUAAUUUCGGGAAAACAACGCUGUUUGUCAUCGUAGGAUUGCUGACAUAUGGUUUCGAUCGCAGCAAGAAUAUCCCCAUUCCGAUUCACUUGGACACUAUUCCGGCAUUCACUCCAUGGACUCCGACGACUCGCAGAAAAGUGAGAAAACCCCAACAGCCAGGCACACAUGUCCUGCUUGUUACAAACAAUAUAAGAAGAAAGAACAUUUCAUUGAGCAUAUGAAGGUUGCCUUCCACUCAGCUCAUGAUCCUAGAUGUGGAGUGUGUAGAAAGCACUGCAAAUCAUUCGAGUCUUUGAGGGAACAUCUUACUGGUCCAGUGGCAAAAGAAAAUUGCAUGAAGAUUUUCACUGAACAAGGAUGUGAUCUAUGUUUGAAGCUCUUUGAUAACCCUGCUUCUCUUAACCAGCAUAGAGAAGUGUGUCUCCUAUCUGCACCUGCUCCUAUAGGAACAGUGCCUAAUGCAGAAUCUCAGUCUUAUAUGAAUUUCUGUGGAGAAAACCACUUCGAUAACCGCCCCGAAGCAAUUGCAAUGGAUUGUGAAAUGGUUGGCGGUGGAAGUGAUGGAUCACUGGACCUGUGUGCAAGGGUGUGCCUAACUGAUGAAGACGAGAAAAUCCUAUUCCACACCUAUGUGCGGCCUCAACUUCCUAUCACUAAUUACAGAUACGAAAUUACUGGGUUAACAGAAGAUCAUCUUACAAAUGCAAUGCCACUCAAAGAUGUGCACGAUAAGAUCUUGGAAAUUUUGUACAAUGGAGAGUCCAUUGGGAGAUCAAGGUUGGAUGGGGGAAAGGCCAAGCUUCUUGUGGGGCAUGAUUUGGAUCAUGAUUUGGAUUGCAUGGCAAUGUAUUAUCCUCAGCACCUGCUGAGGGAUACUGCAAAGUACCAACCACUGAUGAAAACAAAUUUUGUCAGUCACUCACUUAAGUAUCUCACCAAAACAUAUCUGGGGUAUGAUAUCCAGUCUGGUAUGCAUGAUCCUUAUGAAGAUUGUGUGGCUGUAAUGAGACUGUACAAGAGAUUCCGAGCCCUAGAUCAUCAGAUAGAAGGCAUUGUACUUGCUACGAAGUAUUCAAACGACAUCCAUGUGAAUUUCGAUUCUCUGACAACUGAAAAGCUUGAGGAGAUGACACCUGAUGAGCUUUAUGAAUUGUCAAAACCAAACUACGAGUGCUGGUGUCUGGAUACAAGGCAAGCACUAACAUUAGGAUUAUGACUAUUGUCUAGAAAAGACUUCAUUCAAAUAUAAUUAUGCAGCUAUUAGCCUAUUAGAGACUUUGAGCAAGGUUAUUAGAUGUGCAGGGGAUCUUGUCAGGGUGUCAUUUUGGGUACGACUGUCUGUCUGUGUAUUAUCUUGUGUUGUACAUUUUCUGUUUGUAGUCGUCGUCUGAAGUGAAAGAAGGCAAAUUUGCAAAGACAAGCAUUCCCCUGAUAAUGUUAACAUUCUCAGUUCUGGCAUGUAAAUUUGCUAUGCUUAUGCAGCCUUGUUCUGGCAUUUUAAUUUGCUAUGCUUCUGCAGCUUUGUUCGGGCAUUACGCUUAAACAACAGCAAGCAAACCAGUUUUAUCACUAGGUUCCAAUCCAAGCAAACCAGUUCUGUCACUUGAUUCCAAUCUA